AUGAAGCAGGAUUGCCACUUCUACAACGGGAUGCAGAAGGUUCGCUACCUGUACAGGUACUUCUUUGACUGGCAGGAGUUCUUCCAUUUCGCUGAUGACCGAGGGAAGAUUGUAGCCAUGUUCGCAGUGGAGGAGCCCCACAUCCAAAAGUGGGAUAAGGACUACCUGCAGGGCUUCAGCUCCAUGGUGGAUGGCUUCUGCUGGGGCCACUAA